AUGCUAGACAUUAUUAUUAUUCGAAUUGUGUGUAUUUUAUCAGUUUUAGUGCAAUUUUCGCAAUGUAGUGAAGAUGAAAGUGCGCGAUUCUUCUUUAACUGCAAAGUUGCUGAGGAAAGUUGUCCAAAUGAAGAUGUCACGUUCUGGCUUUAUACAAGAUUAAAUGAGGAAAAUCCUUACCAACUGAAUCUCACGAAUCCCGAAACGAUAAAUGAUGCACCUUUCGUCCAAGCUCCGUUCGUUGUCUUGGCGCACGGCUACACUGGACACAGAGACUUUUCGCCCAAUAAAGAAAUUCGACCAGCUCUUUUCCAGCACGCCGACUAUAAUGUCAUUUCUGUGGACUUUGGGCCACUUGUGCCGCAUCCUUGCUACCUUUCAUCUGUGAUGAAUCUCAAAGUCGCUGCCAAUUGCACGGCUAUGCUAAUCGACAGUCUAGUGGAGGCAAAUAGGACAACAACGAAGGACUUCCAUGCCAUAGGCUUUAGCUUGGGGGCGCACAUGGUGGGGAUGAUUGGGAACUUCCUGCGAUCGGGAAAACUGGCGCGAGUCACGGCUCUGGAUCCGGCGAGACCUCUGUUCAUCACCGCCGCGAAGGAAGAUCGCAUUGAUCCCACUGAUGCUGACUUCGUGGAUGUCAUCCACACAGACACGUUCGGUCGGGGUCUCUUGCUGCCCACAGGUCACGUGGAUUUCUACGUGAACGGCGGCUACUUCCAGCCCGGCUGUGCAUCGCAAACCGACAUGACUCCGGGCUCGUGCAAUCACGUGAGAGCGCCAAUAUACUUCGCCGAGUCCAUCAACAGCGAGAAGGGCUUCUGGGGCUACAAGUGUCCGCACUGGUACGCGUACAUCAUGGGCAUCUGCAGGAAGGAUAGUCAGUUUAAGGGGCUCAUGGGAAUGUUCACACCCACGAGCACGCGAGGAUUGUACUUUGUCGAGACCAACGACGAACCGCCUUACGCCAAGGGGGAAGACAGCCGAAUGGAGGAGGAAGAUGACCCCGAGGACUAUCCAGAAUCUGACAAUGAACGACGCCUCGACGGUUGCUUCAACAGUGUAGCAUUCCACCGAAGGCCGACUCUACGGUCGAAGACUUCUCUGGAUUACCACCACUUCAGUGCCUCACAAACUCUUGUUGAAGCGGCAGAAGAAAACAAAACCCAGGGCCAGAACCUCUUCAACAGUACAUCGUGCUUGGAGAAGCCUUUCCGUUGUCCCCAUCCCAAGAUCAAUUUCUACCUCUACACGCGGCGCACACAAGACAAUCCGGACAAGAUCGAUGUUCUCAAUCCCGAAGCUUUCUACUACACCCACUUCAAUCCCAGCCACCCGACGAAGCUCGUGAUUCAUGGCUUUGGCGGUGGCCGAAAUUUUUCUCCAAGCCCGGACAUCCGGAAAGCGUACUUCACUCGCGGCGAGUACAAUAUCAUCAUUGUUGACUACAGUCACGCUGCACGGGAGCCAUGCCUUAGCCAGAUGGAGUGGUCGCCACGGUUCGGCAGUCUCUGCAUUGCACAACUCGUGAAGUACCUGGCCAAGCAUCCGAGAGGGGUGCAGCCGGAUGAUCUGCAUUUGAUUGGCUACAGUGUGGGAGCUCACUUUGCUGGCUUGGUGGCGAACUACUUGACUCCCGAGGAGGGCAAACUAGGGCGCAUCACAGGACUGGAUCCCACGAUCUUCUUCUAUGCUGGAGCCAACAACAGCAGGGAUCUCGAUCCCACAGAUGCGCACUUCGUGGACGUUAUUCACACAGGGGCCGGAAUUCUGGGUCAGUGGAGUCCCAGUGGGCAUGCUGACUUCUAUGUGAACGGCGGAACGAGUCAACCAGGAUGCGCAACAACCAGCAUAUUUGACACUCUGGCUUGUGACCACACCAAAGUCACCCCGUACUUCAUUGAGUCCAUCAACAGUCCCAAGGGAUUCUACGCAGGUCCUUGUCAGAACUUACUAAGCUAUUUGCUUGGCUGGUGCGAGCCGAAAGACUCGGAAUACGUCCUCAUGGGUGAACACGUCAGUCUCGAAGCCCGAGGUGUUUACUAUGUAACAACGAAUGCCAAACCACCCUAUGCUAGGGGUUUUCCUGGGAAAGGACGAAGAACGUCAAGGAAUGGAGUCUACUCCGGGUUGAAGUAGUGUACAAGGAAGUGAAGCUCGCAGAAAUGGUUGUGAUUAAAUUAGGAAAAAUUUUUGACAGUGUCCAGAAAAUUAG